AAUUAUUGGGUUUUCUGCACACAAAUUAGUGGAAAAACAAUUUAUCUAUCUAUCGACCAAUCUUUGAUUCGGACAUCCCUCAACAACUCUACGAACGCAAACCAAUUUCCGGUCUCCGCCAUGGUUGCCACCAAGAAAAGCUCGUCCAAAUCCACCGUAUCGAAGGCAAAGACCKGCGCCGCGAAGAAAUCGAAGAAAGGCAGCAAAGCGGCCAUGCCCUCGACCGAUCGAAUCGUCCUAGCCAUUGCGUCUCGGCACGGCCUCGGCGAGGAGAAGCCCUCCCGCGACAUGGUCAUGGGGCUGGCCCUGAUUACCAACAAGAAAUCCUUUAACACGACGCUUCUCAACAUUCGGAAAAAGGAGGGCUGGAUUGAGUACGACAAAGACACUGUCUGGCUCACGGAAGAGGGGAGGAACUACGUUGGUCCAAAUGCCGUGGCCGUUCCCMAGACCAACGACGCGAUGCAGGCCCGGCUGCGAGAAGAUAUGGUCAAGGGGUUGAAGCCCCGCCAGAUCUUUGACAUUAUGCUGGACGGUCGCUGGUAUACAAGGGAGGAACUCGCCGAUGCCAUGGGAAUCCCCAACAACAAGAGCUUUGGGACGUACGUUUCCUCGCUGCGCAAGGUGGUGGUGAGAGAUGGGAAAAAGAUUCGGCUGUCGGACAUUUGCUUUCCCUGCGGUCGCCCGUGAGCUAGGGUUGUUGCCAGAGGAUGCCGCAACAAGGGAUGGAGCCACAGAGGGUAUGCCCAUCCGCUUCGGGUAUGAAUCAGUGCCCCGAGGAGCAAUCUUUUGAACGACUACAUGUACAUUUUUGGACUCAUGCAAACAAGAAACUACACGGGGUACAGUGAUGCCACUCAGACAUAACUUAAAAGACAUUAUGAU